GGGUUGUUCACCAGCGACACUAUCCAGAGGGUAAAAUACAUGCACAGCGCGUGAUGGAAGGUCCAUGAGGCUCGUGCAAGCGCUCCCUGGCAGCCAUAAAGACGCGGAAUGAUGGACCGCGCAAAGCUUCGUCCACUGGAGAGUCUGUACUUCAGGUUCCGGCCUCUCGCGCCACACGCCCUCUCCUGGUCUUGUGACGCGGAGCUGGCCGUCGCUCUUGACGACUCUAUCCACGUCUUCCUCCCCGACUUCCCUGCGAACGUUGGUCACGACGACCCGGGCUCCGGGAAAGGCAGCGAUGUGGCCCACCCGCAGUUCUCCAUGGCGCUGCACGCGGCGGCUCUCAUCCAGCCGGACCCGUCCAUCAACGCGAGGCUCUGCGCCUCGGCGGGCGUCAAGAUCCUCAGGGCACGCGUUGGCGAGGACUUCAAGCUCCAGGGCGUCGGAGGCGGGCCGGUGACGGGGGCGGGCGCGGCGGUGGGCCAGGUCGUGCGCGUGGAGUGGUCGCCCGGCGGGCUGGGGCACAGCCUGCGUCCGGUGCUCGCGGCCCUGACGACGAGCGGGUGCGUGCUGGUGCUGGGCGAGCACAUCGACACCAACUCUACCAUCAACGCCAGCGCCACGGCGCGCACGUUUCGGAACUGGAAGGUCCUCUGGGGGCUCGGUGCCGGGCUGCCCAUCCCUGACGCUCAAGGCGGCCGGGACGGGGUCCGGUACAUGAAGGAGAGGAUCGUGUCGUUUUCGUGGGCGAAGGAGGUGUCGCCCGGGCGGGCACUGCUCGCCUACGUUACCCACCAUCGAGAGGUUGUCAUCAUGAGCGUGCAGUACUCUGGCGGCUCGCGGCGUGCUGAUGCUCCGGGUCAAGAGUACGCAUGGAGGCUCUCGGAGCUGGCCAGGUUUGACGGCAGCGGCCCUCACAGAGGCAUGGAGACUGGCGAUGCCGACUUCGUACCCAGCGGUACCGCAUUCUGUCUUAGAUGGAGCCCUUGGUACGUGGCCACAGACUCUCGAACGGCAACAUUGGCGUAUAUUGCUCGAGACCAUGUCGGCUUCCGCAGGAUUACGAUUCGGGGCGACUGGGAAGCGGGAGGCGACCCGGCGGUUGAUGUCGAGGCCGCCGACACGACGGGGAUAUGCAUCCCGCUCGGCACGGACGCCCUCGUCGAAUGGGAGGACGCUAUUUGGCCCGACGGCGAGACGUGGAUGGCGCGAGGCAUCAUCGCGACCCCGUUCGUUCCGAGGCCGUUCCAGGUGGACCUGUGCGGCAGCGUGAACCGGAUCGCGCGCCACGCGGUAGAUGAAUGCUCGAGCCUGUACGCCAGCGAGGACGAGGCCUCUACCAACCCAAUCACCGGUCUUGUCAUUCACCGGCCCGGUCCAGGGGAGAAGCCGCCCGCGCCGCGGUACUCCAUCGUGAGGCUCUCCGCCACGGCGACCAACCAAGAUUGGUACCAGACCAACGUGCCCGAGGGGGAGAUGCCGCUGCCGCAGUGGGCGGAGCGGGUGAGACGGCUCACGCUGCGGACGGCCUCGCGCGUCGCCGUCAUGCAGGGCGACUAUUCGGACCCUGAGUCUGACGACGACGACGACGACGACGACGACGAUUACGAAGAUGACAACGAAGACAUGGUGGCGGUAGUCGACGGCGAAGAACAAGUCGGGAAUGGCGAAGGGGAGCCGCCUCUCUCCAAGGUCCCCCCACACCGCUUCCGCUUCUGGGGCCUCGCCGCGUCCCCCGGCGACGGCACCACGGCGGCGCUCGUGACACGGCACAACACGCAGCACGCGCACCGCCGCGCGCGGUCCAGCAUCUUCUUCAGCUGGCGCGACGGCCGAGGCAGCACCUCCGCCGACGGGGCCGGGGCCGCGUCGUCACGUCCCGCCCCGCCGGACGGCUUGACGACCGAGGGCCGGCUCUGGGAGGCCGUGUACGGAGGCCAGGGCGACGUCGCCAGCAUCCUGCCCCCGGACGGCGCGGAGGGCCCGUCCGCGCCACUGAGCACGGCACUGCAUGACCUGUUCCGGGACGUGGCCACUCGCCGGGGAUGCGUCUUCUGCGACGCGAAGCUGACCACGCUGGGCAAGGAAGCCAGGUGCGAAAGCGGACACACGUUUGGUGAGGUUUCCCCCCCAUCUCCUCUUGUCUCUCUCUCUCUCUCCCUCCCUCUGAGAGAGGGCCACGCGUUUCGCGCAAAACAAAAGUGCUAAUGCAGUCUUUCGCAGCGACAUGCGCCGCCACAGGCCUCGCCAUCAUGGCCCCCGGGGUGUCGCGCCAGUGCGCCGUCUGCGGCCUGCGGUGCCUCAAGGUGUCCGAGCUGGUGGCCAUCGCGACCGAGUACCUGGGCUCAGUGGGCGCGGGCGCCGUGGACUCGACGGGGGACCUGUGCGGCGGCUGCGGCGGCAAGUUUGUGUCCUAGGAGCAGGUGGGGGAACGCGCGCGCACACACCCCCUCCCUUUCCCAAUAGUGGGCAGAGGCGCGCGGGGGGGGGGGUUGCUUUGGGCCUCCUGACGAGAAGAGCCUUCAGCAGCAGCUUCUUCAAAUACACAUAGUUGAAGCAACGAUGAGGGCCCUCUUCGUCAGGCCAAUGGCAGCAAGGGCAUGUUGCGUUUCGACUUGACUGGGAGAAGCGGGCAGGCCCACCAUCGAUGCGGGCCAAACAAGCCUGACGGCUCGACCACAGAAGCAUAGGGCUAUAGCCAGUAUAUAGGUAGUAAUGGAACCACGGCGAUCCAAUAAACGUCCAUGUUCAUGUUCCUUUUCGGAUAUCUCUCGCAUCCCUGGGCCCGUUGACCCAGAUAGAACCAGAGCCAGAGCCAGAACGACAUACUCGCUACGGGAAGAGGAGCAUCGACCUGGGCGCGACCCGGCCCGACAUGGGACACAAAACGCGGACGACAUCAUUCAAGCCUUCGACAAUCACGGUGAUAUGAAGAGGCC